GAAGUUGGCUGUCCCUGUUUGUUUUGAUGGGCCGGGGGCGUGGCUUCCUCGGGCCCCGCCCCCUGCUGCUGCCACUGUCCCGAGGCGCUCCUGGCAAGUGUCCCGGAUGGAGGGCCAACCGUCGAGCGCCCCUCCGCCGCCCUCCUCAUGGGCCUCGGACCCUGUCUACCGCCUGGCGGGCUCCUUGGGGUCGGAGCUGCAGCGCCUCUCCGCCUUGGUAGGCCCCGGCGCCGUGGCCGGCUUGGUCACGCAAGUGGUCUGCCUCCUGGAGCUACUCGAGGCCUGGGCGAAAGAGAAACCAGGCCUGAGGGCCGCCGCGGAGCAGCAGUGCCAGGCGGAGCAGCGCUUAGUCCAGGACCAGGACAAGGAGGAGGAAGCCCAAUGCGUGAAGGCCCAGUUGAACUGCACCCAUGAGGAGGACCCGCGGCUCCACGCCCCGCAGCGCCAGGGUGGCCCCCAAGAUGGAGAGAGCACCCUGCAGAAGGAGCGGGAGGUGAUGCUGCGGCUGAAGGAGGUGGUGGACCGCCAGCGGGAUGAGAUCCGGGCCCAGGCCCACGAGAUCCACUGCAAGACCAGGGACACGGAGGCGCUGCAGGAGCAGUUGGAGCGCUUCAUGGCCAUGAACCAGGAGCUGCACCGGAAGCUGGCAGUGUCCCAGGCCCAGCUGCGGAGCGCCUUGGAGCGGAAGCAGGGCCUGGAAGGGGAGCUUCGCCAGGCCCAGGCGCUGCAGAGGGCGGCCGAGGCCUCAGAGACACCAGCAGCCCAGGCAGAGGAGUGUGCAUCCUCCUCUGGAGAUCCUGCCGGGAACGCUUUCUCCCGGGAAGAACUGCGCCAGAUCCUGCAGGAACGCAAUGAGCUCAAGACCAGUCUCUUCUUGGUCCAGGAAGAGCUGGCCUACUACCAGCGGGAGCUCCUGAACGACGGGCGGAUCCCCAGCCUCCUUUUGGAGGCAGUGAAGACCACCGUCCGGAGGCAGCGCAAAAAAAUCCGGGCCAAGAUGCUGGGCACGGUAGAGGAAUCCCUGAGCAGUGAGGAGGAGGAAGGAGAGUGGCUGGCGGAGACCCACGGCGCCUCUGACUGUGUGGACAGCCACCUUCCUGGAUCCAGAAUCAAGAGCUUCUUUGGCCAAUGGUACCGCCGAGGCAGCAAAGGCAGCCCCCCGGAGGCCUGGGAGAUUGUGGACCCUAAAGAGCUGGGUCUCCCUAAAGAAGAGGAGGAAGAAGAGGGGCCGAAGACGACCCAAACCCCCCCUUGACCCAGGAGAAGAUCCCCCCCCCCCCAAAGGGGAGAUGCAGGCUCCGCUUCGUACUGACAUUGUGUUCAAUGUGUUCUGCGGUUUUAUACAAAUCACUUCCCUGCUAUUUUGAUGGACAGAACUCUGAUUUAUGGUAACAAAAAAUAAUAUAUACAUAUAUAUAUAAUAUUUUUAUAUAUCUUCUACUAUAUUGCUUUGAGGAUGCAAUCCACGCCACUCGACUCUUGGAAGGCAGAGGAAGGCCAAUACAAAAAAUAAAUCCAAUUGAAUUGGGGAA